CGGCUAAGGUGAUUUUUGAUUGUUGACAGUCAUUUUACAAAAGAUUGGUCUGCGUAAGGUGAUUGUCAAAUUUGAUAGUCAAAUUUUUUUGACUUUUUCGUGUGACAGCUAUUUUGUUGUCAUUUUCAUGUAAAAGCGUUUCAUGUUUUCUUUGAUUGUCUAGAAAAAUGAAUUUUUUUGUGCCUGUGGAACUGUUUUUACGGAGAGAAAAUGAAGAAAAUGAAAAUUUAAAUUAUAAUUAUAACCGCAACGUCCGACUCUUGAGGAUAAAUUUAAGAAAUAAACUAAAUAUAUUGGAAUUACCAAACUCAAAGUUCUUAAAAAACUUUCGAGUUACAAAAGAAACGUUUCUUUCCAUUCUUGACCUUCUGGAACUGCCAGUUGGAGUUCGUUCCACCUAUAUUCCUCCUAUUCUCCAAUUGGCAGCGACAUUAAAUUUUCUUGGUGGUGGUGCUUAUCAACGGCAAGUUGGUGCAGACUGGUCAGCGCCAAUGGGGCAAAGCACUGUGUGUGAAGUGAUAACAUCAACUUUAAGAAAAAUGGAAACAAAAUUGUGUCCAUCAAAAAUAAAAUUUUCACCAACAGCAAUGGAAGGUACAAAAAGAUACUUCUAUGAGAAAUAUCGCAUACCAGGAGUAAUCGGGUGCAUAGAUGGUUCACAUAUAAUGUUACUCCGCCCAUCUGAAAAUGAGCAUAUCUUUUUCAACAGAAAGGGGAGGCAUAGCAUAAAUGCUAUGAUUAUCUGUGACGAAAACACGAAAAUUUUAGCUAUUAACUCCAAAUACGGUGGAAGUGCCCAUGACAGCUUUGUCUGGAGGCAGAGUGCUCAGAGGGAAAAGAUGAAUACCGACUAUUGCGCUGGUAGUUCCUCGACAUGGCUUCUCGGUGACAGCGGCUAUCCACUGGAACCGUUUUUAUUAACACCCUACCGAAGUGCAGCCGAAAAUUCGCCAGAAGCAUGGUUCAACCACGUACACUCUCAGGCUAGGAGCACUGUUGAACGAUGUAUUGGUGUAAUGAAGACUCGAUGGAGGUGCAUUUUAGAAGAAAGAAAGUUGAGGUACUCCCCUAAACGAUCGGCUACAAUUGUUAACGUUUGUGCAGCUUUACACAAUAUUUGUUGUGAGCAAAGGGUACCACUACCAGACGAAGUAAGAAGAGUUUCUUCAUCCGAUAGUUUAAACAAUCGCCAACCUGAAAAUAGCAGCAAUGAUGGAAUACGAAUUCGCAACAGAAUAAGAGAUGAUCUUUGGGCUAACCGUACAAGGCAUUAAACCAAAAUUUUGUAAUAAAAAUCUUUAUUUUUUCAAUAUUUCCUCCAAUAAUGACUUAAAAAAAACUUAAAUUAAAAAAAAAAAAAACAAAACUAAAACUAUUUCACUGAAAAAAAAUAAAUAAGUAAACAUUUCUUAAGUAAAAAAAAAACAAAAACUUCAUAAAAAAAAAACUUAAACUUUAAGCACAGCACUUAGUUGAUUGUAAGGCAGUUUGUUGAUAAUAUUUGAUGUUCUCAUUUUCUGAGCUCUAGCAUUUGAAGAUCUGUGGCCGCCUUUGCUAAUUCGAUCUCCAUCCUUUUUAGUUGGAGCUCUUCUUUUUUUAAGGCAUUGGCCGAUUGCCGUUCCUUUUCUUUUUCUUGGCACAAAAGUGCAACACAGUCCUUCAUAUCUUUGAUUGCCACUGUGACUUCCUUCAGGGAUUUGCCAAUAU